GGGGCGGGGAAGAUGCUGGCACCAGGUCCCGAUGGACGGCAGCCCGGUGCCUUGUGUGGCUGAUCAUCAGUGGCAGACUGGGCUGGUGGGCGGGCUGGCAGACCCCGGGGGCACCCGAGGCCCUGGCUGAGCGAGUGUCUGUCCUAUUUUCCCGCAGGGACCCUGUCACGCAGCUGGCAGCGCUGUGGUGGGUGCAGCCCCAUGCUGCCGGGGCAGGGGAUGACCUGUCCCCUUGCUGAGCCUUGCACCGCCCCUAAUGCUUGAUGCUUCCACGCAGGUGUCUGUGCACUUCUGGGGUUUAAGGUUACCCCCAGAACAGGCUUCUUGACUCUCUGUGCUCCUUGGACAGAAGCUCCUUAACCGCUGGUUUGUUAAAAACAACCCAACAAAACACCGGCUGAGUUAAACUUGGUGCUGCGUGGCCCCCUCUGGCUGGUUUUUAGGCCUCCGGAAGGCGCAAGGGGAGACCUCUCAAAAUCUGGGGCAUUGCUUGAAACAAGACAAACUGGGCACCCUUACUUCAGACUUGGAUAUAUAUAUAUAAUAUACAAUAGUAGGGGGGCAAAAUCCCUAAAAGCUGGAAGAGAUUCAACCUACAACUCAAGAAACUGCUGAUAAGAAAGCAGUGCUUAGAUUGCUACUACAAAUGGAUGAAGGUUCUGAACGAAUACUUGAUUGAACUAUUUCUUGCUACAUUUUCAAAAGGAAUAUGAUGAACUUCUUAGCUUUUAAGAAAAAAUACUGUGUGCCAUUACAAGCAUACCUUAAUGCAAAGUAGUUUGGACCUGGAGGAGGAGGAAAAAUCUGAGAUUAUCAAUCAUGAGAUAAAAAACCUUUAAUAACUUGGAAUGGGAACACUAAAGGAAAUAUUAGUGAAAGCACAGAAGUAGCACAAAUAUUUGUACUCAGUCAUGAGAUCCCAAGUUCUGAAGAACAGUGAUUUUGCUAGAGAAGUGUUUUUCAAGCAAAUGAAGAAUUUGGUGAAGGCCAUUAGAAACGCACAGGAGGUAGAAUGCCUCCCACUCCUCCAGCAGUGCAACUUGCAGGACUGAAAUAAAGCCAACAACAGUAAAAUAAUCAAUCCAAGCAUCUGUCUGUGGAAAAUGUGGCAAGUUCACACACUCCUCCAUCUCAGCUGCUUGGGAGGCAGCAACCUGCUGACGUCUUCACAGUGGCUUUCCCAGCUUCAUUGCAGCUUUCACAGCAACAACCACCUGUCGGAGAGUUUCCAGAACAGCCUCAGAAAAUGGAGUCCCAGCCACAAAGUAUUUCCAUCGUUUCGGCUCCAUGUAGGCAGCUCAUGAUAUCUCUUCAACAGCAGGAAAACCAAGUGCAUCAACGAAUAGCAGACCUCAGGAAAGAAGGUUUAUGGUCCCUAAGGCGAUUGCCCAAACUUCAAGAGGCUGCAAGACCGAAAUCUCACCAGGAUUAUCUACUGGAAGAAAUGCAAUGGAUGGCAACUGAUUUUGUUCAAGAGAGAAGGUGGAAAACAGCAACUUCUAAGAAGCUGAUCAGAAAUAUGGUGUGCUAUCAUGAAGAUAAGAGACUUCAUAAGGAGAGAAGCAAGAAAACAGAACAAAAUCGACUGAGGAGCAUUGCUGCUUCUACUGCUAGAGAAAUUGAACAUUUCUGGUCCAGCAUUAAACAGGUGGUAGAAUUAAAACUGCAAGUAGAAGAAAAAAGAAUGAAAAAAACCUCAAAUGUACAAGAAAUUUCAAAAAGAGGUCAAGAUUCAAGAAUUCAGGAUUCAGCAAUAUCUGGGAGAAAAAGAAAAGCAAUCACAUUGCUUAUUGAUCACGAAGAGACAAAUGAAGAGAAUGCUGAAGUGAGAAAUUUUGAAAAAGAAAACAUGGGUCAUCAAACUGAGUUGACUGAUUUAGCCAAAGAAGAAAUGGAAGACUCUGUAAGUGAGCGAGCGAGCUCUCUGAAGGAACUAGUAUUCAUAGAGUCACUCCUCAGAAUUGAUCAGCAUGAGGGUACAGAGAAAACAAGUGCUGCAAUGAAACACAUGAGAGACAUAGUAGAGGUUGCUGCUGCUGCAGAAGUGCUGUUACCUAAAGACAGUGCUCAAAUCACAACGGCAGUAAAAGAUGAUACUCUGUCUCUGUUGUAUGGGACUCUUAGAGAGUAUCAGAAGAUUGGGCUGGACUGGUUAGUGAAGUUAUAUAAGAAGAAUCUCAAUGGUAUUCUGGGAGAUGAGGCAGGACUUGGCAAAACUACUCAAGUCAUUGCCUUUUUCACACACCUGGCUGGUAAUGAAGGUAAUUGGGGUCCUCAUCUUAUUGUUGUACGGAGCUGUAACAUACUGAAGUGGGAGAUUGAACUGAAACACUGGUGCCCUGGGUUGAAACUUCUUCUCUAUUUUGGCAGCCAAAGAGAACUUAUAGGAAAAAAAAAACAGGAGUUGAUGAAACCCAAUAGUUUUAAUGUAUGUAUCACCUCAUACAAGCAACUGUUUAAAGGCCACCAAACCUUGAGGAAAAUGCGAUGGAAGUACCUAGUUGUAGAUGACGUGCAGAAAAUCAAAAAUCUGACUGAGAAGCACUGGGAGGCACUCCUCCAUCUCCAGAGCCAGCAUCGUUUGCUCCUGAUAGACACUGCUUUGCCCAAUGCCUUGAGGGAGUUGUGGAUCAUGCUGCAUUUUCUAAUUCCAGGAAUUUCCGUACCUUACCUGGAUUUCCUGGUUAAAGCAGCCAAUGAGGGGACCCAAGAUUAUUGCCAUAAAGUGGCUACGAGAUUGCACAGAAUAAUUCAACCAUUUAUUUUGCGAAGAUCCAAAAGACAUGUUGAAAAACAGUUACCAAAGAAAUAUGAAUAUGUGAUGAAAUGUCAUCUUUCAAAUCGGCAGAAGGCUAUGUAUGAAGAUGUGGUAUUACAACCAAGAAUCCAAGGAACUGUUAAAAAUGGAAACUUUGUAAAUGUCCUUCAUGUUCUGAUGCAGCUCCAAAGGAUCUGUAAUCAUCCUGAUCUGAUAAAACCGAGGCUUUCUGGCUCCUCCUAUGUAUCAGAAACACUGGAAUAUACAACUGCUUCUCUAGUACUAAAGGUACUAGAAUGGGAUCUUUGGAAGGAUUCAGACACAUGUCUCUUUGAUCUGAUUGGGGUGGAAAACAAAAUGACUCACUAUGAGGCACAAGUACUGCCCAAACAAAAGGUGACUAGAAAGCUUAUUGAAGAGAUCUACAACUCCCCCCAUCUUUCACCCAGACCCAACCCAGUGAAGCUCAAACCAAGCAGGUUAUUUCAACCAGUGGAAUAUGGACAGAAACCUGAAAGUAGGAUUAUAGAUUUCCCAAAUCCUUCAUCAUGGCAUACAGGGAAUACAGUAACGGCUAUGGCAACACAUCAUGGGAAAAAAACAAGGAAGAUUGCCCCUUGCCACAUUUUCAGCAAAUCAAUGCUGUGCACCUUUUUCCUUCUGUUUUUACCAGGUGACAAGAUAGUAAAACUAAGCCAGCUGACCUCCACAGCUGGAGCACAAGGCAAAACUAUUCAGCCAAACAUGCAUGUAACACUGCCGUUUAAAGGGAAAACAUUUACUUUAUCUUAUGGCCAACUCUGCCAGCUUACUGGAGGACGUCUUCAGCAACUUCAAGUUACCAAUUUGACAAUGGAUGAUCCAGAAACUGAAUCAAAAUCUUUAUCUAUCCUAGAAUGUCCAACACAGAUAGCAUUUGAGGAAAGGAACAGGCACCUAAAAGAGUGCCUGGACAGAAUAUUUUCUGGAAAUGAGCGACGUUGUUCCAGAGUCCCAAUGUAUGGCAGAGACAUGUUGGGAAUUUGCUCUUUGAUUGGUGAAAAAAAGAUUCCUCAGCAAAGUUCUACCAGGGACAACAAAUGGAUGUGGGCUGGUUUUGUGAACUGUUGCCUUUCUUCAAGUGGCUCAGGAGGCCAAAAUGAUCCACUGCAAGCCCUGAUCCUGACAUCCGAUCAGCGACAGGAAUCCCUAAAGGAUUAUAUUAAUAGCGCUCUCUGUGUGCUGCCGGCAGCAGUUGCUGCUCCCACAUAUUUGCAUGUCGGAAAUCCGCCCCCUUCAUAUAGGCAUGAAAUGAAAAUUUUCAAGCACAAUCUUAAAGAGCAGGCAGCUCCCUAUUUAUAGCAAUUACAACAGAUUGCAACUCCACGCUUACUACAGUUCCCUGAUCGCCGACUGGUGCAGUUCGAUUCAGGCAAACUGGAAGCUCUUGCUGGCUUGCUUCAGAAGUUGAAAUCUAAAGGACGUGUGCUGAUUCUAACGCAGAUGAUUCUAAUGUUAGAUAUACUGGAGCUGUUAAAUGUCCAUUUUCUCACCUGCAUAAGAAUUGAUGAAAAUUUCAGCUGUGAGCAAUAUCAGGAGCUGAUAAAAAGAUUCAAGAGAGAUAAGCGAAUCUUCUGUGCCAUUCUUUCCUCCCACAGUCCUUCCAUGAGUGGCAGUCACGUACAGGCAAACGUUGUGUUCUGUGACACUGAUUUAGAUCCACUGAUGCAUGCAAAAGCUCAGGAAUGGUGUGAUACAAUUGGGAGAAACAAAGACAUCCACAUAUACAGGCAUGUAAGUGGAAAUUCCAUAGAAGAGAUGUUGUUGAAAAAUGGCACUAAAUGUUGUUUGAUUAAAGAAGUAGCUGCUCAGGGAAAUAACUAUCCUAUGACAUUUUUAACACAGUUACUUCAAAAUAUUUAA